AUGACCAGAAUACUCAUGCCUAUGACAAAGCAGAGGAGCAAACACUUCGACGGCGAAAUGAAAAUCGAGGGACUUGUCUCUUCGAGAAGAUACACCUACAAAGACAUCAAGAGGAUGACCAACUCUUUCAAAGAAAAGUUAGGCCAGGGAGGCUAUGGCUGCGUGUACAAAGGCAAGCUUCAAGAUGGUCAAUUAGUGGCGGUGAAGCUUCUAAAGAAGCUGAAAGGCGAUGCAGAAGAAUUUUUCAAUGAAGUUGCAAGCAUAAGCAAGACUUCUCAUGUCAAUGUUGUCAGCCUCCUAGGGUUCUGUUUUGAAGGAAGCAAAAGAGCUUUGGUUUAUGAGUUCAUGCCCAAUGGAUCGCUCGAAAAGUUCAUAUUUAACAGGAGUGACACUUUGGAGGUAGGUCGACAAUUGACUUGGGAGACAUUGUACCAGGUUUCGCUCGGCAUAGCUUACGGGCUAGAGUACUUGCAUAGAGGAUGCAACACGAGGAUCUUGCACUUCGACAUAAAACCUCACAACAUUCUUCUCGAUGCAAACUAUUGUCCCAAGAUUUCCGACUUUGGUCUUGCCAAAAUAUGCCCUAGAGAAGAGAGCAUCGUGUCAAUGCUUGGUGCACGGGGCACCCCUGGAUAUAUUGCUCCAGAGCUAAUCAUGAGGAACAUCGGCGGGGUUUCUCACAAAUCGGAUGUCUACAGCUACGGCAUGAUGGUUCUAGAGAUGGUCGGCAAGAGGAAAAAUAUCGAAGCCGCGGUAGAUCAUACCAGUGAAAUAUACUUCCCUCAUUGGGUCCACCGGCGUUUGGAGCUUCAAGAAGAGCUUGGGCUGCAUGGAAUCACGAAUGAGGAUGACGAAGGAAUAGCAAAGAAGAUGAUUGUAAUAGGCUUAUGGUGCAUUCAAAUCGAUCCGAGAGCUCGACCAUCUAUGACCCAAGCUAUAGAGAUGCUAAAGGGAAGUGUUGAGGCGUUGCAAAUUCCUCCCAAACCAUCCUUGUCGUCUCCUUCAAGAUCAAUCGCGGCUUGUCCACGUGAACUUUCGUCUCUACAAGAAAGUAAUGACUCGAGUUGGGGUUAUUCAAGAUCAAUCUUACGAAACCAACAUAGCCUGUAA